AUGCUGAAAGGUGCAGAUGAUUCUGUUAUGGAGCAGGAGGACUCUGCUUCCCAACAUGGAGAAAUGACGAGUUGGGAUAUCAAUGACAUCAAACUUCCCCAGCAUGUGAGACAGACUGACUGGUUUCAAGAAUGGCCAGAUUCCUAUGUAAAACAUAUCUAUAGCUCAGAGGAUAAAAAUGCUCAGAGGCACCACAGCAGCUGGGCAAUGAGAAACACCAACAACCACAACUCUCGCAUCUUGAAAAAGUCCUGCCUUGGGGUGGUGGUUUGUGGUAACAACUGCUCUACCUUGGAUGGGAGGAAGAUCUACCUGAGACCAGCAAUAUGUGAUAAAGCCAGGCAAAAACAACAGAGGAAAUGCUGUCCAAACUGCAAUGGACCACUCCAGCUCCUUUCCUGCCGAGGCCAUGGUGGUUACCCAGUUACCAACUUCUGGAGGCAUGAAGGCCAAUUCAUAUUUUUCCAGUGCAAAGGAGCUCACGACCACCCACGUCCAGAAACAAAACUAGAAGCAGAAGCAAGAAGAUCAAUUCAAAAAGCAAAGACAGCUUUUUCUUCAUCUUCUCUAAGACUAAAAAGAAUCCAGGAGAUUGAGUCUCUGACAGGUGCAGUGCCGACACAGGAGCCUUUGCCUUUGCUUCUUUCCAACCCGGAUGCUCACAUGCCACCUGCUAAUUUCAGGGGACAUUUAAGCAAAAGCUCCCAGGAGCCAACGCUGAGCAGCUCCUCUGGGCAGCUUCCAUUCCUGAGGAGAGCUGGGGAGGAUGGGGCCUCCAGAGAGACACCCACCUGGAGCCAAAGCACCCCCAGAGCCCAGAGGCUGAGCAGUGUCCCUGCCCACGUCCUGCCCAUGGCAGAGGGUGGCCAUGGCCCCUUCAGCUCUGACGUGGGCCCUUUGGGAGAUGGACCCUGUGGGACGGAAUCCCAGCUGGCCUACGGCGGCGGCUGCCCCUGUGUGCCGCCCCCCGCCGCACCUCAGGCAGGGCCCUGCCCCAUGGCGAGGGGGGCACGGCCUCACCCACAGCCCCCGCUGCCUCCACGGGGAAGCGAAGGGCACAGGGGUGGGGGAGGGCACCAAGUCUGUCUCAACUACUGCAACAACGACAUGUUUCUUAACCUGUACCCGUUAUGGUGA